UCUAUGCAAUUUUGCCUCGCAAGUAAUCGAGGCGAAGAAGAACUCGAUCGAUCGAAACUUCACGUUACCGUCCUCGUCGCCUUCGCUGAUCGCAAUCGGAUUCCAUGGCGACGACCGGGAACAGCAGUAUCAACGCCAAGCUCGUCCUGUUAGGUGAUAUGGGCGCGGGGAAGUCCAGCCUCGUUCUUCGGUUCGUCAAGGGGCAGUUCCUCGAGUUCCAGGAGUCCACUAUUGGCGCGGCAUUCUUCUCGCAGAUGUUGGCGGUGGGUGAUGCCACGGUGAAGUUUGAGAUUUGGGACACGGCCGGGCAGGAGAGAUAUCACAGCUUGGCUCCCAUGUACUACAGAGGAGCCGCGGCGGCGAUCAUCGUAUAUGAUAUCUCUAGCUCGGAAUCAUUUGAGAGAGCAAAAAAGUGGGUGCAAGAGCUGCAAAAACAAGGUAAUCCAACUAUGGUGAGAGCUCUUGCAGGAAAUAAAUGUGAUUUGCAGGAUAAAAGAAAGGUGACAACUGAGGAAGCAUGUACAUAUGCUGAGGAGAAUGGUCUUUUCUUUCUGGAAACUUCCGCUAAAACAGCCAUCAAUGUGAAUGACAUAUUUUAUGAAAUAGCUAGAAGAUUACCUCGUGCUCAACCAGCCCAACAGCCAGCAGGAAUUGAUCUUGCAAAUAGACCAGCUGAAAGAUCACAAGCUUCAUCAUGCUGCUCUUAGGCUAGUGCUGUCAAAGCGCAUCGAGAGGGUUCAAUAAUUAGAAGCGUCAUGGGUAAUUAGUUUGUGUGCUGAAGGAUUUAAAGCUAACAAGUGUCACGGGUUUCUGCAGCCUCCGUAAUUGGGCUCGUUGGGGUACACCCUGUAAAUGUCCUAUUGUGUACUUAAUCUAUACCUAUAGGUAAAUGUUCUGUUGAAUAUUGUCGUUGAUGCUAAACGGAGCUAAUCGAUAAAUUGAUAUUCUUAGUACA